AAUUAUAACGAUGAUAACAAGUGUCAUGCAUGAAUAAUGACAUGGUAAUGACAAUUAAAGUAUCAGUCAUGUCUCAAUUCACAAUAAGAUAAGAUACAAAACAAUACUUAAUCUAUUCAAUCACUAAUCAAUUUAAUCUCCUGUGAAAAAAUUAUGUAAAGUGUUAUGUAAGCCUGUUUUUUCCUGUAUGCGAAAUAAAUCACCAUCAUUUUCUUUUAACUUUCAAUACAUACAUACCAACGUAUGUCCAAAAACAUACAUACCAACUACAUUGUAGCGUAGCCAUAAUUAAAUCCCCUAAGAUCUAGUUUUAAAGAAGCUCUAAAAUGUCUCCUCCCGUUGCGUCAUUUAAAGUAGAGAGUUCUGAAACCACGGGCAUGGUUGUCCCGGUGUCAAAAGGCACGUAUUUCAACACGAACUGGGUGUCGAAGCAGGUCCAGUUAUGCCCAUAUGACAUGUUAUACCACCCACCAGACUAUAACCCGAAGGCCGCACGAUCUGACCGCCAGGAACCAAAGAUCAUAAGGAGGAACAUAUGGGACCAGGAAUGUCACAAAGGCAUACCAUCAACAACGCAUUUUACUCUCGGCCGACCGAAAUGGAAGAUCGCCGAUGUUCCAACUAAGGAAUUUGUUAAAGUGCAAGUUGGCGCGGUUGGUGCACAAGCUGUCGUCAAAAUGUUAUUGUCACCCGAGAACUGCCAAUGUCCCCUCGAAGAUUCUCCUUCGGCGCUAGCUGACGCUCCGCUCUACGGCAGCGCCAUACUAUUCAUGGUGCUUCUUGAGAAGUACAUCAAAGGGCGGUGCGCCAUCAACGACCCAUGCCGAAGGGUACACUCCGUGGACACGGUCGCUGCCGACUAUGAUUUUAUAGUCGUCGGGGGCGGCUCGGCCGGCGCUAUAGUCGCUGGGCGCCUUUCAGAGAAUACCACGUUCAAUGUACUUCUUCUGGAGGCCGGUGGCGAGGCGCCCAUCGCCACGCAAGUGCCCUCCUUCUACACCUCGUUCUGGGGUGACGCUCGCUAUGACUGGAGUUACCGCACCGUUCCUGAGGGUUACUGUCUCGACCAAGACGGCAAAGGCUGCAUGUGGCCUAGGGGCAAGGUUCUUGGUGGUUGUAGCGUGUUAAACGGCAUGAUGUACCAUCGUGGCCACGCGGCGGACUACGACGACUGGGUGAAGGCGGGGGCCACGGGCUGGUCCUGGGAGGACAACCUGCCAUACUUCGAAAUGAAUGAGGGCAACAAGCAGAUCGGCUCACUAGUGAGCGGGGACUACCAUUCGGACAAAGGGCCGAUGCCCAUUCAGCAGUUCAGAUACCAGCCCCCGUUCACAUACGAGCUGCUGUCGGCCAUCAGCGAGGCUGGCCUGCCGGUCAUCGCCGACAUGAACGAUCCCAACACUCCGGAAGGAUUCGUCGUGGCGCAGUCCUUUAAUGAAAACGGGCAGCGGGUGACCCCGGCGCGCGCCUACUUGAAGCCUCACGCGCAGCGCCCGAACCUCAGCGUAAAGCUGAACGUUAGGGUCACUAGAGUGCUGUUCGACGGCAAACAAGCUACCGGCGUUGAAUACGUAGACAAGGACGGCGCGAUACGCACCGUGCGGGCGAAGAAAGAGAUCAUCCUCAGCGCAGGCACACUAAACUCUGCUCAUAUCCUGCUCCACUCCGGAAUCGGUCCCCGUGAGACGCUGGAAAAGUUCAACAUUCCCGUUCUAGCCGAUCUGCCCGUGGGCAAGAACCUGCGGAACCACUACGGCAUGACGCUGUACUUCACGCUCACGAAACUGAACAACACAAGGGACUUGGACUGGAGUGCGUUGACGCAAUAUCUGCUGGAGUUGAAGGGGCCGAUGACUGGCACUGGGAUUACACAGUUGACGGGGAUGGCGUACUCCUCGCUUGCAGACCGCAGCCGAAAGCAACCAGACCUGCAGUUCUUCUUCAACGGCUUCUACGCGGAAAAGUCCAUUAAUGGUGUGAUCAAUGAACCGGUGCCGGACUCCCCGCGAGGAUGCAAUAUCUCUGCCGACGCGGCUCUUCUGUUGCCCUACGCCGUUGGACACCUUACUCUGAACUCCUCGGAUCCCCUGGACCCGCCGCUGUUCUACCCUGGCUACUUCAAGGACCCCCGAGAUCUGGUCAUGCUCAGAGAUGGAGCCAGAUACAUUCAGAGAAUUUUUAACACCACAGUCCUUAGAGACAAGUUCGGCGUAGAGCUAGACAGCCGCUAUACGUCCAAGUGUAGCUCCAAGGCGUGGUCGGCCAAAUGGGUGGAAUGCAUGGCACGGGUACACACCGACCCGCAGAACCACCAGAUGGGUACGGCCGCCAUUGGCACUGUGGUCGAUACGCAGCUUCGAGUCAAACAAGUCACAGGCCUACGAGUGAUCGACGCAUCCGUGAUGCCAACUCAAGUGACCGGCAACCCACAAGGACCCAUCAUGAUGGUGGCCGAACGAGGGGCUGCCUUCAUCAAGAAGAACUGGGAACAGAACCAAUGGACACGAGUUCGGCCUAUAGUGACCCCGACACACCCCAUCUUUCUGACGAAGGAACUUUUUAAGCCUAUCGUCGACCAUUUUCAUGCACUGAACGACAAAGUUAAAUUAUAAAAUGGAAAUUGUAUGAAUAAAGUUUGCAAAUAAAAAAACUACGAAUAUUUUUAAACUGAACUAAGCCUAGGA